AUGGCUCGGCAGAAAGGGACGAAGGAACACGUUCGAAGAUGGCAGCAUACCGCCAUAGCGUCGUCAACAGCACCCUUGGCCUCGUCAACAACACCAGCGAUGGCGAUGGCGGUGGUUUACGACCACCACAUCAACAGCACCCACCCGAUGGCGGAACAUCGAGUCCUUCACGAUGGCAGAAGGCAGGAGGAGAAGAAUAAGAAGAUACAGAGGCACGGUGGCGGCGGAACUGUCGUGCUUAAUGUCCAGCGACAAUUCUCGGCAACAUGCUCGGUAUCCCAAUGGUUUCGGUGGUCCCUAUGGCGUUUGGAUGGCGAGGCAGCGACGGUAGUCGGCUGGACUCGUCGGAUCGGAACACGAAUGAAGGGUGUCAGCUGGAGGUUAAUACACGGUGGUAGGAAGGUCCGGAGAUGUCGGCGCCGGUGA